CUUGCAUCCGAGAUAAUUCGUCCCGCACCUCCAGAUGCAUGCAAGACACGCGCCACAAGGAACGCGCGUGGCAGGUGAAGCUGCACCUAGACCACGAAACACAAGAGGGCGCAGCUUUGGCUAUGAAUCUCCUCGUCCACUGAUAGGCACUGUUUGGUUCUCGUUUUUGACACAUACAUUACAGUUACGCCUGACCCAUGCUGGUCGCGUCGUCAGAUGGAUGCCUAAUUUCUCGGUCACCAACAGAGUUCAGCUCCACUUCCAUGCGCUCAUACUCUGAUGUUAAAACUACGAUUAUCUCAAUAAACACUCGGACCUCAGGAUCUGCCUGGCAAUCCCUCUAGCGAUCACACUACUCCAUC